AUGGCCCACCCGUACGAGCCCUGGUUACGGACAGCACCACCUAGUGGCAGCUCAGACGACAUGAACAUCGCUUCCUGGUGGGACCUUCACAGAGACGUCCAAGCAGGCAGUUGGAUAGACCUACAGACGGGUCAAGGUGUGGGCCUGCCUUCAGUGAAUCCAGGCGGCUCCAUGGGUUUGCAGCCUUCUCUGGGGCCCUAUGGCUCUGACCCACAGCUGUGCACCCUGCCCCCGGCUCAGCACGCUCCACCCUCGCAACCAUCCCAUCUCUUCCCCCAGGAUGGCUUCAAGAUGGAGCCGCUGGCCCCUGAAAUGCUGCAGCAAGAAACCUUCUCAAUGGAGGAACCUCAGGAGACGUCUGUGUCAGCUCGCCCCAAGCCCCAGCGCCGCUCUUCAUCCAGAGGCGGCAGCCAGGCUGUGUGCCGCUGCCCUAAUUGCGUCCACGCUGAGCAGAUGGGCCAGAGCACUGACGACAGCAGGAGGAAGCACAUGCACAAUUGCCACAUCCCCGGCUGUGGCAAAGCCUACGCCAAGACCUCCCAUCUGAAGGCUCACCUGCGCUGGCACAGCGGAGACCGGCCGUUCGUCUGCAACUGGCUGUUCUGUGGCAAGAGGUUCACGCGCUCUGAUGAACUGCAGCGACACCUACAGACGCACACUGGCGCCAAGAAGUUCAGCUGCGCAUUAUGUCCCCGAGUGUUCAUGCGCAAUGACCACCUGGCCAAGCACAUGCGCACGCACGAGUCCCCGCCAGGACAAGGGGAGGACAGGCUAAACGGAGAUGGGAGGGGGGAUAAGAGCUUUGAUGCAUCUACACCUCCCCAGUCAUCCUCAAACGUGUCUGACAGCACAGAUCCUCCACUGAAGCUGAAGUGUGAGACAGACGCCUCCGUCUCCAGCGUGACGGGGCAGUCGGGCUAG